AUGUUUAUAAAUAAAUAUAUACUACUGCUGUUAGUGGUGCCAAUAGGAUUAAUACAGGCAUUUCAAAAUAUAAUAGAUACAGUGCUGCAAUUGGGUUUGACUAAUGCCAAAGAGCAAAUUUUAAGACCCAAGAUUCCCCGCAAUAAUGAGGUCUAUGACUUUAUAGUGGUGGGUGGUGGAACAGCUGGCUGUGUUUUGGCCAAUCGUUUAUCGGAGAAUCCCAAUUGGCGUGUGGCCUUAAUAGAGGCUGGUGGUGUGGAGAAUGUAUUAAAUCAAGUACCGGUUUUAGCUGGCUAUAUGCAAGCCACAUAUGCCAAUUGGAAUUACAGAUCAGUGCCUCAGAAACGUGCCUGUUUUGGCAUGUACAAUAAUGAAUGCUUUCAACCGAGGGGACGCAUACUGGGCGGUUCCAGUUCCAUUAAUUUCAUGAUCUACAAUCGUGGCAAUCGUCGAGAUUUUGAUGGCUGGUCACAAGCAGGCAACUAUGGCUGGUCUUAUAAAGAAGUAUUGCCUUAUUUUCUUAAAUCAGAAUCGGCCAAUUUGGAGGGCUUGGAGUAUACCCCAUAUCAUAAUCGUUCGGGACCCUUAAGUGUAGAUUAUGUACAAAUGCGUACAGAUAUAGCUCAUGCUUUUGUUCGGGGUGCUAAAGAGAUCGGCUUAAAACAAACAGACUACAAUGGCGAAUCUCAAAUGGGUGUUUCUUAUGUUCAGACUAAUACACGUUAUGGGCGGCGUCACAGUGCUUAUAAGGCCUUUAUUGAACCUAUUAUGUUUAAACGUAAUAAUUUGAAAAUAUUUACAUUUUCCCGGGUAACAAGAGUUUUAAUAGAUUCCAAUUCGAAAACGGCGUAUGGUAUAGAAUUUAUAUAUCGCCGUCAACGUUAUAUAUUUAAGGCUCGUAAAGAGGUUAUACUUUCGGCGGGUGCCUUUAACUCUCCACAAUUGUUAAUGUUAUCGGGCAUAGGACCAGCCGAUAAUUUAGGUAAUUUGGGUAUAAAGAUAUUAAAAGAAUUGCCGGUAGGUUUGAGAAUGUAUGAACAUGUUACACACUUUGGACCUACUUUCGUAGUUAAUACCACUAAUCAAGCCUUGUUUCCCUCUAGAAUGACAGCCAAAGAUGUUUUAGGUUUCUUGGCGGGUCGUCCUGACACUCGUUUAUCUAUGUUGCCGGGUGUAGAAGCUUUGGCAUUUCUUAAGGUACCAGGCUCUAAGUUACCUAUAGAUUGGCCAGAUGUAGAGAUUAUUUUCGCUAGUGCUAGUUUAGCUUCCGAUGAUGGUACUGCUUUAAAAAAGGGAGGCAAUAUAAAGCAAAUAGUCUAUGAUCGUUUAUAUCGUCCUUUAGAGAAAUCUAAACAAGAUCAUUUUACUGUUAUUAUCAUGCCCUUUCAUCCCAAAUCGGUGGGUAGGGUGUGGCUAAGAAAUAUUAAUCCUUUACAAGCAGCCAUGAUAGAUCCUAAUUAUUUUGAGCAACCAGAAGAUAUAGAAUAUAUUUUGCAGGGCAUUAAGGCAGCCAUACGUAUAGCAGAGACACCGGCUAUGAAAAGUAUUGGUACGGAAAUUUUGAACAUAACAGUACCGGGUUGUGAGUCCUUUAACUUUGGUAGCGAUGACUAUUGGCGUUGUUCCAUAAGAACUUUAACUUAUACUUUACAUCAUCAAGUGGCUACUUGUCGCAUGGGUCCUUCGUCGGAUCCAACAGCUGUGGUAAGUCCAGAACUACGAGUACAUGGCAUAGGCAAAUUAAGAGUGGUCGAUGUGGGCAUUAUACCACUACCACUGACGGCCCAUACUAAUGCCGCAGCAUUUAUAUUGAUAGCUGAAAAAGGUGCCGAUAUGAUUAAGGCGGCAUGGAGGGAUUCCUAUCAUUAG